GCGCCAACGCACACAGCUGCAGAGGGACUGCUGCAGUGCGAGCGUAGCGGGGGGCGACACCACGUACACGCUACUUCACGACACACACAACGUCAAAGUCCCUGUCUGACUCCUUGUGUGUAUCCUAUGUGGAGCUCCACGGUGGUGCCGCGACGACGCUGGGCGACAUGGACGACUAUCUGCGGAGCGUGGAUUGCAGACUAGGGGUUCCCGACCCCUGCUUUAGGCCAAAGGUGGCAGUUGCAAGUAAAAAAGGGUUGAGUGACAAGUGUAUCCAUGCUGUGCUCGGUGGUCCGGAGGCAAAUGUGGACACUGUGGCUGCCACGCUGUGCUUAGCAUUACAUCUUAGCCAGACGCAGCCCUCCGCAGGUGUGAGCGUGCCACUGCUGUAUGGCCGGCGUGGUGAUGCCACCUCGCUGCCUCGAGAAACUCUGGCCUACCUGCACAAGAUCAAAGUGUGCGAAAGCCUCUUGCUGUGGAAGGAUGACCUGGACCUCAUCAAAAUCCACCGGGCGGGGAAACUGUCAGUCACGUUACUGAGGAAUGGAUUGCUGGACGGCUCUGAGUGCCACACUUUGGACUCCAGCAUCCUGCGAGUGGUCCAUCACCAUGAUGAUGAUGAUGAUGAUGAUGACUGUGGCCUGGCUUCUGCGGCGGUGACGGUUGCCACAGAGCUUCUUCAAGAGGCACCCGAGCGCGUCGGAGCAGUGCUGAGGGAGAGCCUCGGAGAGGCGUUGCGGCUCCAAAGUGAAGCCUUUAAGAUCAAACAUGGCCACCGGUCCGAGCAACUUCAUGAGUUGCUGAGACGUUUGGAGCGAUGUAGUGACAGCAAGGGUGGGCUGCCAGGCCUGGAGCACCUGCUGUCCAAGGAGCUGAAGGAGUUCUCAGACGGAGAGACGACCAUUGCUCUCACCUCUGUCACUCUAGGGGAAGAGCGCGGGUUUGGUUAUGAAGAUGCCUUGAAAUCCUUCUGCAACCGGCACGGGUAUGAUGGGUUGAUGCUUCUCUUGGCUGUCGAAAAUGCUGUCAGUCCUCCCCGCCUGCAGGUAGUGGUCUGCUCCAACAACACGGAACUCCUCAACCAGAUCUGCUGCGAGCUCCAGCAGACCACCAGCUGGUCUCUCUCUGGUGAAACAGGAACCAGGAGUUGUUUGCAGGUCUACCAAGUCCAACCAAAUGCCUUCUCGCCUUCGGGCACUUCAUUAGUAUUGCUGGAAGAGGAUGUCCGUGGCCUCCUCAAGGAGUUUGUGGACCGGCGGAGCUCCGUGCUUGCCUGCCACCCCACCAGCAGGACAUCCUCCACUGAGGGUGUGGCAGGCAGUGUUGAAUUUUCUCAGGGCUCAUCAGGCAUUAAUGACAUGGAUGGCUCGGACACAGAGAGAGCUGAUGGAGGUGGUGGAGAUUCACUAGCAACAGAGAGGGAGGCGCCAGAGGGGGAGGAUGAUCCAGGAGGAGUCAGAGUAAGCGGCGAGCUUGUAAGCCCUGACAGCGGUAUGAACACUAUCCGCAGCAGCCGCUCUUCCAAGGAGAGCUCCGUGUUCCUCAGCGACGACAGUCCAGUUGCCGAAAUGAUUGGGUCAGUGGCCGGUGCGGGGGGCCUCCUAUUGAGGAACCCCUCUCCUCUGGGGUUGUUGUCUCUCUCGCCUCCUGCGCCGCCCGAGAGAAGGCGGCGUCAGCAUUCCAGCAAAAAGAGGAACGACAACAUAGAUCAGUUUCAUUUUGAUCCACUCCAUCCGCAUUAUGUCCUUCACAAUUCUGCAGGGAAAGCAGACGAUGACCGGCAAACAGUGGGAAGCUCCAGCCUGUCAGAGUAUGAGGAAGUAAACAUGGUUGAUUUCUCUAAUCACAGUUCUUUGGGCCGCCUGGAAAGUAGGCAAUCUUCUCCUGAGCCUGACUGUCAAAUCAUGGAGAUGAUGGACACUGUGGUUCCUCCAACUCCGGUCAACAGCCUGGUGGGCGGUCACCCGUCCACCAGUUGUGGUGCCAGGUUCUUCCCUGAGGAUGUGGCGGAGAGGAUCACCGGCCUGCAGCACAAGGACAGCGUCUCGUCGUCUUUGUCUGAAACUUGGGAGGAGCUUGGCUUCGACACUCCGACUUCUAAUGAUGCCUGGACUAGAAUCAGAGGGUCUGAAAGUCCUCAGAACCUAGAGGAAGUAAGGUGCAAAGAGUCCGAUUGUGGACGGCUGAGUAAGGAAGGGAGAUCACAGAGGGACUGGAGCAUGGAACCACAACUUAGUCUGAUCACGGAACAGACAGAAACAUGCGACAACUGGAACCCGGAUUCUGUAAUUGUUGAUCAGUGGAACACAGUUAGUGCAGCUGAUCUGCAGUUGACACCGCCAGAAGAAGAAUUAGAUGACAAUAUUGGUGUCUUUGGAGUCAAAAAAACAACACGUCCGUCGCAGAAAAAGAAAAUGGUACUCAACACCUUAACUCCAGAGACAUCUAAGGAGGAAAAUGACGACGCACAGGGGGGUAAAGCAAGAAGUACGAUGCAGACGCUGGAUUUCUGGACCUACACAGAACAGAAGGGCUUUCUGAAAUCUGAUAGCGGAACAACAACUUCCUACCCGGAAUCACUUGACAUGUGGAAUACAACGAUCCGGGAUGACAGUUUUUCUCCUCUUACGACCCCCGACAAUUUGUCUGAAGACUCUGGAAACUUUGGUGCGACCACUCCCAGCAUGGUAGGCAGUGCUUCUGUGGAAAGCCCACAGGGUUUUCCCUAUGGUGGUAUGGAAAUGUGGAACACGACAAUACAAGAAGACAGCUCUUCAUCUGCAAGUCCAGAAGGACCUGGGAAUGGAAAACUUGAUCAACACCCUGGUUUAGCAGAUGCAAAAGAUACUCCUAGCAAUGAACAGCAGGGAGAAGCAGAAAGAGUAAAACAUGGGGAGAAUGUCAGAUGGACUGAUCAAAAGCAUAAUAUCAAAAUAUUCAUAGACGAGGAAGAAGGCAGAAUAUCAGACAAAGACGACCUUGAGUCAGCAGGGCAUCUUCCUGUUCCUCACAUGGUCAUUUCCACUUCAGACUACGAUAAUGUAGGAGGCUGCAGUUGGAGCAUCUCAUCCUCACCUGAGAUUCACUGUGACCCUGUUGUGAAUAUGAUACAGCUGGAAGAGCAGUCCAGCCCAUUUAUAGCUGUGACCAAACCCAUAGAAGACAAGACGGAAUCCGAUGGAUGCACUUCAGAGAAAAUCUUUCUUUUUGAGGGACAGAGUGACUUGAUUUCUGUUGAGAAAACUGAGUCAGUUGAGCUUCGUUCACCGUUUAUUCUGGUAGACAAUUCUAAAACACUUUCAAAAGGUCCUCAGUCAAUUGAGGAUUCUUUAUCUCGAAGCCCAGGUAGUUCGAUGAGUCUUGCGUCCACUAAAGCAGAAAGUUCUGGACCGGUGUCACCAUCCAACAGUCUUCCGCCAAGGGUUACUCUCCGGAACCAAGAAUGUUCUACAAGAGAUGCAAUGUCACCCAGCCCUGGCAUUGAUGGAGACACACUCAAAUUUAGCCCAGGCAGUCGAGAUGAACUCCGGUCCAAUUCCGAUGGGGAUUCAUCAUCAUGCCUUGAAAUGGAAUACAUUAUUGUUCCAGGUACAGCAAAGGCAGAUGAGCAUGAUGUAAAAGAGACUGAAGGACUAUCUAAAAGACCAGAAAAGCCUAUGGAAACAUUUGACAUGCUUUCUUAUACUGUUUCAGUGCUGAAAGCUCAGAAUCAGGAGACUCCUGAGAAAAGUGGACCAACUCAGAAUGAUCAAUCAACCACUGAGGACCAAAAUCGCAACCAAGCUACCAGUGAAGCUUUCUGCCAUUCAAAAUCGAGGCCAACAUUAGAAAGUGAAAAUGAAUUUGAAGAAGGCCACUAUGAUGAUAAAUCCAGCGUCUUUGGACGGAGUAUAUCACCUUCAUUGAGACACCCGUCAGAUCACUUCCUCAGAACUAGAGAGGAGGUUUAUGUCCAUUCCCAAAUCUCUAUGGAAGACUCAGGUUCAGAUAGCGGUCACUCGCCUAUCAACAACCCAACUUUGCCUGACCCUGACUUUCAAGUCUGGGGGGAUCCGUUAGAGAGACAGUCAUCGUCAUGCAACAGCUCCGCUGCCUCUCACACCAGCUCCUUGGUUAGCACCCCUGCGAGCGAAUCGGGCAUCCCUCGCGACAAGACCCUUGGAUUACCCUUUUCCGGAGAUUUAAUGGAGGAAGAAAACGAGGAAGGGCAGGAAGAAGAACCUAAAACAGUACCAAGUUCUUACGACUUGUUGAGUUUCACCGAGGAGCUGGUUGAAAGUCGUCCACUGCCAUCAAACAGUGGCCCAUUCCAAAAAGAUUUAUUGGACUAUUAUGGACAAUCUGAACGGACUGAUGAUUGUUUGGUUGGACACCACGACGGAGACUGGUGGGGCUCUCGCCAAAGCUGUUCUCAAAAUUUAGAAUGCCAAAAUACCACAUCACAAUUCUUACCCCAUCCGGCAAAUCGCCAAUGGACAACAGCUCACGGUCCUUCUCCAACUGGUUACAAUUACCACCACAUUGACCAAAGGACGGGAAACCAUGAAGCCUGUGAGCCUCCAAGGAAUGCCUCAGGUGUCUACGCUGAGUUUUCAACUCAGGUCCCGCUUGCAGACUUUGCAGCCGGGAGGGAUGAUAGCUACUUCGAACCUUGUCACGGCGACUAUAAACACUCUGCUCUGGACGAUCAUGUCCAGUAUGUUCCUGAGGGAUACGACCACUUCCUCACGUCCAGGAGAGAACACCACGAGGACCAGUACAAGGACCAACCGGCAGCGGAGACGGCGAUGACAACGAUGAUGAUGAUGCAGAGGGCCUCCAGCGAGGAGGCUGAGGAUACAGAAAACCGGGAAGACCCACCUUCCUCUGCAGACGUGUCAGCGGGCUCCAGUCAGAGGCGUAAGUUGGUGGCGCCGCCCAUGAACGUCUCAUUGGAGCACAGUGAAGGCUCCCUGCUCUCUGAGGACGCCCUGGACACUGACGAGGAGGAGGCGGCUCUGGACACUGGAGACGACCUGGACGUGGACAUCGAGGAGCUGGACACGUCUGAGGAGGAGCGCGACACUACUGUUCCUCCGUCGGGAGACGGCGAGGGGCAUGAGGACGGUCGACUAUGGAGGAGCGUGGUGAUUGGCGAGCAGGAACAUCGCAUUGACAUGAAGUGCAUUGAGGCGUACAAAAGGGUCAUCUCGCACGGAGGGUAUUACGCCGAGCAGAAUGCCAUUAUUGUGUUUGCGGCCUGCUUCCUGCCUGACAGCGACUGUGACAGUUACAACUAUGUCAUGGAAAACCUCUUCUUGUACGUCAUAAGCACUUUGGAGCUAAUGGUGGCAGAGGACUACAUGAUUGUCUACCUGAAUGGCGCCACACCUCGUCGCAGGAUGCCAGGCUUCACUUGGAUGAAGAAGUGCUACCAGAUGAUUGACAGAAGGCUGAAGAAGAACCUGAAGAUGUUUAUCAUCGUCCAUCCUUCCUGGUUCAUCAGAACACUACUUGGCAUCACCAGGCCUUUCAUAAGCUCAAAGUUCAGCAGUAAAAUCAAGUACGUGAGCAGUCUGCAGGAGCUGGGACAGAUCAUCCCGAUGGAGUACGUCCACAUUCCACAAAGCAUCAUCAAGUAUGACCAGCAGAGGGCGGCAAACACAUUUGAGUGCAUGAGGCUGGACACAGAUUUAAUGGACACCUCAGGAAAGUCUGACGGGAAGAGGAGUUUGGCCAUAUGACAAAAUGGAGACCCACUUCAAAUAGGAAAAAGUUUUUGGUGAGGUGUUCUAAAAUCAUGUCAUAUAGAAGGUGCUCUAACAUCUGCACUCAGUAAGGUUUACAUUGGAAUCUAUGUCUAUUUCCUGGACUACUACGCCUUUCCGCUCACUUUAUGGCAGCAUUUUAUACCAUGAAUAACCUCUCAUACAUUGGUAGCCGUUCCAGAAUUACGAGUUUACAAAAAACACCCAAACUCAACAAAUCUUUGUACUGUAUUUAUAGACAGACUAAUACAAGAAAAUAUAUCACAAUAAUUAAGUGCUUUAUUGAUUGGCUCACUGGCUGCCAUUGACGGCGAUAGAAAUUUUGAGGCCUGUCACUGACACAUGAUCAUUCGCUGCCACUUCAAAUGGAUUGGACGUACUAGUAUAUCCCUGUUAGCGGACGCCAUUGAGUUUAUAUCAAUCUUCAUCAUACAUGAAUAGUAAAUGGAAUACAGCAACAACAGUGUCACGAGACGGUAAUUGCAGUAAUUGUUAUAUUAGAAUGCUACGAUACAAUUAGAAAACACAAUUUAAGGAGAAAUUAUUUGGGCAUGCUUUGCUCUAGUAACCUUUUGGAAUUGAUGGCUGAAAUUGAUGCAAUUGACUGGUGUAUCCAUUUUUCGAAUUGACAAAUAUCAUGGGUGGGAACCUCUGGGCACCUCACGAUACUAUUUGCGAUGCAAGGCUUAAAAUAACGAUGAUCUCACGAUAUGGCAAUACAACAAUUAUCAGGAAAUCAUUCUAGGAUGUUCUAUAAAACAGCUAAUCAAGUGAAAAACAAUCUCUUUUCAUCCUUCUGCUGUGAGCUUAUCAAUCCAAUCCAAUCCAUUUACACUGGGAGGGGCAGAGCAUUUGCAGCCAGUCUUUCCGAUUUUCGAUGCAUUUACCGCUCACUUUCUGUUCAUUUGAGGGUAUUUACAGGUCACACUUCCUGUGGAGUUUUUAGGCUACGUCUACACUAGGACAGAUAAUUUUCUCCAGGGUAUUUUGCAGACUAUUUUUAUACCUGUCCACACUUAUGUUUAAUGCCCCCCCCGCUUCUGCAAGGUACACCUGCAUUUGCGCAAACUACGGAUGCGUAGAAAGGAGCAGCCUCAUAUGUUACAUCUUCGUUCGCGUGGUUUACCUCUGAACCGGAAACUCAUUACUCGCUGGCAGGAAAUUUCGAAAUUACUACACCUUCUAGACUAAUUAUUUUGUGGUUACUGUUUUUUUCGUCAACACAAUUUGAACGCAUCACGCAGGAGCGAGCGUGAAAGGAGAGGACACUCGGCUUUUACGAGCAGUCGCCGAGUUGUGAUUGAAAAUUUCUUAAGGGCGUGGGGUUGUUGGCGCGUCCCCUCUUGUCAUCCCUGAAGGCCAGUCCUGGGGGGGGCAAUGGCUCCUUUGCUGGGCUGGCGGGAGAAGGGAUGGGCUGCGCUAAUCCGGAUAAUAGGCAUACUAGUGUAGCCGACAUGCCGUAUAGUCCAAUUUAUUACACGUUUAAGGCCAUUGUCCGUCGUAGUGUUGACGUAGUCUGAAUCACUGCCUAUUCAUUUGGUCAGAUUACCGGGUCACUUCCUGUUGAUUUGGGGUUGCAUAACAGGAAGUGACCCAAAAAUACCCCCAAAUCAACCGGAAGUGACCCACAAAUGCCCCAAAAUCAUCAGGAAGUAACAAAAUCAACAGCAAAUGACACAAAAUGCCCCAAAAUGAACUCAUUGGCUGCCAUUGACCACCAUCAACGUCCAAUCAAUUUGAAGUCGGAGGGGACAUUUACCAGUGAAAAACUCAAUUCAAUUCACAGCAGAAGGAUGAAAAGAGAGUCUUUCUCUGUUUAUUACUUGUAUAGUAAAAUAUUGAAGUACUUACUGGCCCAUGUAUCGAUAAUUGUUAUAUGGUCUUAUUGUAAGAUCGUCGUUAUCGUGAGCAAAUCAUAUCGUAUCGUAAGGUACCUAGAGGUUCCCACCCCUAGACAGUAUUGACUGAUAGAUCUAUCAUUGGAACAAAUUUUGUUGUCAUUGAAAUGGAUGGACAUAUCCGUCAUUGGAAUUGACUGAUAUAGACGAACCCAAACUCACUAAAGAAGGGUAAAGGCUAAAGGUACAAAAAUAUUUUAAAAUGUCAUUUAAAAUAAGAAGGGAAAAAAAUUAUAAAACAGGUGCAAAUAUGUUUGAAUCGAGCGAUUAAAGAAUUAUCGAAAAAAAUAAAACAUGCAAAAAUGUUCAAAUCAAGUGAUUAAAGGGUUAUCUCCAAAUUGGAAGAAACCAAGCUACAAUACAUGACAAUACUGUACUUAGGGGAAAAAAGUAUGGUGAAACAAUUGCUUGAAAAAGAAAAUCGGCGAUAAUUUCAUAAGACAGCAGUGGCAGGUUUAAAAUGCAUAUUGAGGCCUGUAUAAAGUGUAUGUUUUUCUCCCGCCAAUUACUUAUCUGGAUGUGGACUCUGUCACGCCGCUAUCUGACAACUAUCUUAAACACUACUAAAUACAUUCUAUCACUGUGAAAGUCCUCAAUGGUAGCAAAAGAGUACUUGAAUGUGUCUGCAGUGAUUUGUGCAUGCCUUUUGCUUGUGUGCGCGUUUGUGCGUGUGCGAGAGAAGAGUUGAAGUUUCAUACGUUUGUGAUUCAGCCUUCAUCUUCUGACUGUAAAAUAAAGAAAAGAUAAAGUAGCUCAUGUCUAAAGUUUUUGUUAUAUCUAUUUACCAACAAAUACUAGGAUAUUAUUUAGGACCAAAUAAGAUGGAAUGAAAUAUAUAAAUACUUAAAGGGGAGUUCAGAAUUUUUGACA